GGCUUCCUCUUCCUCUCUCACUACCCAGUGCCACUAAUAGAAGGUAACGUCCUUUUUCGUACCUUGCACGGCCUGUUUUAGGAGUGCUUGUAUUUCGUGCAAUUUUAAAAUCGUCUUGACAUAAUGGGUUUUGUCAAAGUAGUCAAGAAUAAGCAGUACUUCAAGCGUUAUCAAGUUAAGUUCAAGAGGCGUCGUGAGGGAAAGACCGAUUAUUACGCUCGCAAAAGAUUAACUAUUCAAGACAAAAACAAAUACAAUACACCCAAGUAUAGAUUAAUUGUACGUCUUUCUAACAAGGAUAUUACAUGCCAGGUUGCUUAUUCGAGAAUUGAAGGAGAUAGGAUUGUGUGUGCUGCUUACAGCCAUGAACUCCCCAAAUAUGGUGUUAAAGUUGGUCUCACCAACUAUGCAUCUGCUUACUGCACUGGUUUGCUCUUGGCCAGAAGGCUCCUUAAAAAGUUGGGAUUGGAUACUUUAUAUGUGGGUAGUACAGACGUGACCGGUGAUGAAUAUAAUGUUGAAGAAUUGGAUGACGGCCCAGGUGCCUUCAGAUGUUAUCUAGAUACGGGACUUAUGCGCACCACAACAGGCGCCCGAGUUUUCGGUGCCAUGAAAGGUGCGGUAGAUGGCGGUCUCAAUAUUCCUCACAGCACCAAGAGAUUUCCUGGAUAUGAUCCUGAAUCGAAAUCAUUCAAUGCAGAAGUGCACAGACAGCAUAUAUUUGGUCAACAUGUUGCAAAUUAUAUGAAAACUCUGGAAGAAGAGGAUGACGAAGCUUUCAAAAGACAAUUUUCACAAUACAUUAAGCACGGCAUCUCUGCGAAUGAUAUCGAGAACAUAUACAAGAAAGCUCAUGAAACAAUCCGCGCUGAUCCAGAACAUAAAAAAUUAACGAGAGAAAAAGAACCUAUUAAGAAGAGAUGGAAUCGCGCAAAAUUAUCUUUGUCCGAGAGGAAGAAUCGUGUGGCCCAGAAGAAAGCUUCAUUCCUCAAGACCUUGGAAGAAGCAGAAGUGUAACUAUUCUCCUAUCAAAAUCAUUUAUGAUACACAAACUUGUGUUUAUAUGAAUGAAGAAUAAAGAAAACCUAAUAUAUA